AUGUCGGGGCCCUCCGGCAAUCGUGUGUUUGCGCCGACGAUCUUCUUUAUCGCCUUCCGUGAGGCGCUAGAGGCCGCGCUCGUCAUCGGCAUUCUUACAGGUAUGAUCGAGCGCGUGAUCGGCAAGAACCGGCAUACGAUCGAUGACGGCAAUCGCCGCCUCAUUCGCAAGCUGCGCUGGUUCGUCAUUGCAGGCGCGCUCCUGGGACUCCUGAUUGCCUUUAUCAUAGGCGCCGUCUUCCUCGCCAUCUUUUACACCCAGGCAACGGACUUGUAUGCGCGCUCCGAGGAGCUCUGGGAGGGCAUCUUUAAUCUGAUUGCCGUUGUGCUCAUCACGCCCAUGGCGCUCGUCUUGCUGCAGGCAGACAAGUCGCGCGAAAAGUGGCGUAAGAAGCUGGCCAAGGCUUUGAAUGGCCUGACCGAGGCGCGCCAUGAGGCCGUGGAGAGCAUCCGCUCACCGCCUGCGGAGGUAUUGAGCACAGAUGAGACGCUCUCGCCCCUGGAAAAGACCGAGAGCGAUGGAACGCAGGUACCCGAGCUCGUAGCGCCGGCCAAGCGCUCCUGGGCGGAGUCCGCGCGAUUGUGGGUGCGCAUUCUCCGCAAGCCCUUUGAGGGCGAUGCCAAGGGACCCACGGCCAUGUUUGUCAUUCCGCUCAUCACGACGCUGCGUGAGGGUCUCGAGGGCAUGAUAUUUGUCGGCGGCGUAUCGCUGGGCCUUCCCGCGUCAUCCAUACCCCUCCCUGCGAUCGUGGGCGUGCUAGCCGGCCUGCUCGUGGGCUUCAUCAUAUUCCGCUCGCGCUCCAUCUCCAGCGUCAAGCCGUUCCUGGUCUUCUCGACGUGUGCACUGCUGCUCAUCGACGCCGGCAUGUUCUCCCGUUCCGUGUACUACUUCCAGUUCUACCGCUACGUGCAAAAAGUCGGAGACGCGGCCGCCGAGUCAGGGAGCGGCGCAGGCAGCUACGAUGCACGCAACUAUAUCUGGCACCUCGACUGCUGCAACCCCGAGGACAAGACAAACAACGGCGGGAGCGGCUGGUCCAUCCUCAACUCCCUCGUGGGAUGGAACAAUACAGCGACGCUCGGCACCAUUCUGGCGUACAUCCUCUUCUGGGUGGCCAUCGCGCUCUAUAUAGGUGCUUUGCUCAUCUAUGAGCGGCGCAAGCGCAUCGCGCAGAAGCGAGGCUAG